AAAGUUUUGACCAGCGCACAGCACAGCACAGCACAACAGAAGAUAUCAAAUUUGGAAUCUUUCAAGAUUUCAAGUUGUAGAUCCAAAUAACUUUUGAUAUAUUUUGAUUAAUUCAUUUCAAGGUUAGAACCAAGGUAUCAGCACUUGUUGUACGAUUCAAUUGCAUAUCAGAUCAAACAUGAGAAUCACAUCUAAUUUGUUUACCGUACUUUGUACGUUUUUGAUAACUCAAUUAUCAUGUUCAUUUGCACUUACUCAUAGAUACUUUCGUAUGUCAUAUUUAAACAAUGGUGCUUGUGUUUUGAUUAAUUCAACGACUCCAGAUACUUCGUUAAGAUUCAAUUUCUAUGGGGUUAAAGAUUUCACGGUUCCAGUGGUUAUCUUUGAAUAUAGCGAAAUAUUAUAUUUCAAGAAUGUACCAAAUUUAAAUUAUUUCGUUAAUCAUACUUAUAUCUAUAAUGAUGAAUGGCAUUUGAUGAAGUAUAGUAAAUCAGGGUUAGAUUUCUUAAUUGAACCAAGAAAACCUGAUCUUGGUUUACCACCAUCUUACUUCAAUAACACUAUUGAUCAAAAUGGUUCAUUUCAAUAUAAGAUUCCUAGAGAUGGUGUAUAUUGUAUUUAUUUCCCAGUUUAUACAGCAGGUCCACAAAAUUAUUUACCAGGUAGAUAUGUGGCUGAUGUCAUUGUGGUAGAUGAAACUUAUCCAUUGAAUGUGUUUAGUGAUAUUUCAAUUCAUGUUAGUUUAUCAAUUUUAUAUGGUAUCGUAUUUGCAUUUAUAAGUUUUUUCCAUCCUGCUAUUGCCAAAGGACAAUUACUGAAACUUCCUAUCAUUACAAGAUCAAUUGCUUAUGUAUUGAUUGUUAGUUUCCUUUAUAGUUCGAUUUUCUUCAUUUUAGAAAUCAUUUGUGCUUAUUAUCCAACCGAUCGUUUAUAUGAAUUUACCGAAGAAACUUAUUAUAAUUUCCAAAGAGGUUUAAUUGGAAAAUUACCAAACUAUGUUAGUGUUUUGGUUUAUCUUGGUUAUGGAUUUUCCAAUUUAGAUUUCAAACCAUAUAUUAAAAUCACUACAUUCGUAUUCGUUGUUCAUAUCUUAGCUUCACUUUAUGGUGAUUAUGUGGUAGGAAAUGUUUCUUCAUUGGUGGAUAUCUCAUUCCUUGGUGAUAAAUUCUCCAUUCUUUAUAAAACUGUCAUUCUAUAUGGAAAUUAUAGAGAUGCAUAUUUAGGUUUCAAAUCAGAUCUUGACAAAAAAGUCUUAAUGUAUUCGUCAUAUGCUCAAAUUGGUACUGAAAUUUUAAUCUUUAUCAUUUGUUCAGUUCAUGCUAUUAUAAUUUAUUUCAAAUUAAGAAAAGCUCAUAGAAAAGCAGCUAAUAAAAUGUUAAUAUCAUUCUUUAUUCAUUUGUUACUUUAUAAAUUAGCCGUCAAACAAAUUUUAGUCUUCCUCAAUAGAAUUAUCUUUAAUGGUGUAUUUGAUGUUGGUGAAUCAUUAAAAGUUUUCGGUAAUAUCAUUGAAGGUAGAGACUUGAAAUUAUAUUUGAUUGAUUUAAUUGAACUUGUAUUAAUUUGGGCCUUAUGGGGUACCAAUAGAUUAGUUGAUGUUAGAAAGGAUACAGUUAAAUCUGAUAAAAAGGCUGCUGUAGCUGAAAAAUCAGCUGCUGAAGCUAAAAAAUUACUUAAAGGUUCAGCUAAGAAGAGAACUAAAUCUGAUUCAAAGAAACAAAGAUAAAGUUAGCAUUGGGUUUUAAAGCCAUUCUUGACAAUCAAAAAAGACAAUUAUCGAUACGAUAGAUGUAACAUUAGUAUAUAAUACAUAUUUAAG